AUGGCGAUCCCCGUCGUCGAUUCCCACAUUCACCUCUUUCCAGCGUCUCACUUGUCAACGCUGACAUGGUACAAGCCGGGUGGUCCCCUGGGGUCUCAGCACAGCGUUGACGAAUACCGACGCGCAUCUUCCACCAUGUCCAUGCGAGAUGAUGCACCGGAUUCCAAAUAUCUCCGAGGCUUCGUCUUCCUCGAGACAGAUCGCCUUUCAUCGGUGACGGACAACCAAUCUGAUGGACCCGGGUGGCAGCAUGCCUUGGACGAAGUGUCUUUCCUGACCCGAAUCGCCCUGGGUGAACCGAUCACUGGGGAAGGGCACGACGCCGCUCAUAAAGAUCUCUGCCUUGCAAUUAUCCCAUGGGCGCCAUUGCCAGGGGGACCGGAGGCUCUUCUUCCAUACAUGGCACGAGUCAAAGAGCGAACCAAAGAAGAGCCCAUUUGGCGCAAGAUUCGGGGUGUCAGGUACCUAGUCCAAGACAAGCCACCGGGUGUGAUGCUUCAGCAUUCAUUCAUAGAGGGUUUACGGUGGCUGGGCCGGCAAGGGCUCACCUUUGACCUAGGAGUAGACGCCCGACAAGGAGGGCUGCACCAGCUGCGCGAGGCAGUGGAGAUGAUGCGCCAGUUGGGAGAUCAGAGCCCAGUAAAAAUCAUCAUUAACCACAUGUGCAAGCCUAAUUUGCAUCUCGCGCCCUCGGAGGUCUCAUCUCACCCGGAGUUCGUGGAAUGGAGAGACUUGAUGCUUCGGAUGGCGAACGCCAGCCCGAACACAUACAUGAAACUCUCGGGGGCUUUCUCAGAACUACCGUUGUCAGAAGCCAACGGCUUGCUUGCCAUUGAAGAUCUUGUUGCUCACAUGAAACCUUGGACCGAUGUUCUUUUCGAUGCCUUCGGAUGUGAGCGCGUUAUGUUCGGCUCCGACUGGCCAGUUUGCAACCUCGGAGGGGGCGGUAAUGAGGUUUCAUGGAAUCGAUGGAUACAAGUAGUCGAAGGCAUACUGGAUAAAAGAGGGCUCACACCUGCGCAGCAGGCAGGAGUUUGGGGUGGCGUUGCCGUGAAGGCGUAUGAUAUUAACCUUUGA